AUGAAACUAGCUAGUGUAAUUACUUACAAUAUAAGAACAAUAGAAUCAUCAUUAUCUUAUCUUACUGAUACUCAAUACCUUCAACAACAACAACAACAACAACAACAACAACAACAACAACAGCAACAACAACAACAGCAACAACAACAACAACAACAACAACAGCAACAACAACAACAACAGCAACAACAACAACAACAACAACAACAACAACAACAACAACAGCAACAACAACAACAACAACAACAACAAAUGUCUAAAUUAUUAUCUUUAAUUCUUCAACCUAUUAGUAUUGGAUUUAUUGUAUUAGGAUUUUCUAUUGAUCAAUGGGGUUGUGGUAAAUUAUUAAAUUCUUGUUUAUAUUAUUAUAAAACUGUUACAAUUAUGUUGUUACUAUGCUUAAUUAUUGGUAUAUCAUUUUUAAUUGUUUCAUUUUCACUUGACUUAGUAACAAUUUUUUCUUCAUCAUUAAAUUUAAAUUCAACAUAUAAUACAAUUAAAUUAAUUUUAUUAUUUAUUGGUGUUAUUGGUAUAUUUUUAGGUAUAUUCAUUUAUACUAUUAAAAUAGAUCGUGAUUAUUCACAAUUAUUAUGUGUUAUUGGUAUAAUAAUAGCUUGUCAAGUUGCAUUAAUUAAUUUAAUUUUAUAUCCUUGUUUUUAUAAGAAACGGGCUAAAGUAAUAGUAACAACAGUUAAAUAA